AUGCCGAGUACUUGCCGUACAAGCCCGGUGGAACAGGUUAUCCAAAAGGGACAGCGCAUACAGAACGAUUCCUUGAUACCGUCAAAACCUACCAGGUUCACCCAUAGGGAAUUUGAAGCACACUAUAUCAAUAACGACUCAUGUGUGGAAACGUCCUUUUUGCAUCACGCUGGAGGUUUGAAGGGCAUUGCUGCUGUGAAGUCUCAAAAUCAACCCUCUUCAAGAACUUUCAGUAAAAAGAACAAUUAUGAGGAAUCGAGCAAUUGGGUUCCGCAAUUCUCAUCAAUGAAUAUCAAUGAUCCGUUAGAGUUUACUUCAGAAUAUAAAAAGUUGUAUUUUGAGUUCGAAUCACAACAGCGUCAGAAUUCGAGCGGGCAUCAUUAUCCUAUCGCUAGCUCUAUCGUCAGGAAAACGACAAGCAAUUUCCAACCACGAAACACGCUUCGACAACAUCUCCAAGGAAACCGCAACAACUCAACAGAUGAAUUCAAGCUCGACGCGGAGUUCCAAAAUUUAGAGAGCGAAAUUCAGGAAAUGCGGUACGAGCCAAAAAUACAAGAAGAAAAGUGGCAAGACCAAGACCAGUUAGAGUUGCAGAGGAUUGCUACAGAAAUAGUAGAAUGCUGUGCUACGCCACCUUCAUCGGUAUCUUCCACCUCUACUCUUUCCUCUAUCGACUCAAAACUAUCUGAGUCAAAGUUCAUACAGCUGAUGAGAGGGAUCAGCAGUGGCGAUGUGACUUUAAGAAAGGAAGCAAGUGGAAAUUCCGCAAGCGAGUUAUUCCACCGCAGCAGUGGAGAAAUAGUUGGAAACAAACACAUUUCCGUCAAAGACCAAAGUCAUGAAGACGUUUACAAUUGA